ACCAUGGUGUGAAUGAGCCCUAAAUGUUGAUAAGCCUCCUUUGCAUAGACACCUUUGUAAUGUUCUUUGGCUAUAUUAAUGUUGUUAUUGUUGGUAAUAAAGUAUCAUUUUUUUUUCUAAUGCAGCGCUGUUCUGUAGUAGUCAAUUAAUUUUUUUAUGUUGUUGCAGUGAAUUGAGCAUUGAGAACUGGAUCAUGCCUGUGGUAUAUGCAGGUCACUUCUCUCAAGUUGUAUGGAUCCAUCCUUCAUGGGCUCAGCAAAUAAAAGAAGGAAAGCACUACUUCCUGGUUGGCAAGGACAAGUCUACAACCACAAUUAGGGUCACCAGCACAGAUGAUUACUUUCUAAGUGAUGGUCUUUAUGUUCCUGAGGAGCAGCUGGAAAACCCCAAGCCUCUUCAUUUGGAUGUCAUCUUGUUGAACCCUGUCAAAGAACCAGGCUGCGAAGAUGCAGAAAAAGGUGAAUCUGCUGCUAAAAAACUAAAGCUUGCGGAAAAUGAUGAAUCAGCAGGUGGUCCUGCCUAUGCAUUUCAAUGUGCUUCUUCACAGGGAGCCUCCUUUUCUUUGUGUGAUGGAGCAGAAGGCUGUUUGAGAAAGGGCAAUUCUUCUACUGACAGCAUGGAAAACGCCAGACUUGCAAGAAGUAUUAUGGAAAUCCUGGAGAAAGACGAUGCUUAUGUCUUGGAUAUAGAUUUAGAUUUCUUUUCUGUCAAGAAUCCCUUUAAGGAAAUGUAUACGCAGGAUGAAUACAAAAUCUUGCAGGAGCUGUACAGUUUUAAAAAGCCAAGUCCUGAGUCAUUAGAGGAUGCCCUAGUGGAUUGCGUAGAGAACCGUAUACGUCAGCUUGAAGACCUUGAAGCUGCUUUUGCGGAGUUUUGUGAAGAUGAUAGCGAGGAGACGGUGCAAAGAUGGGCAUCCAAUCCUGGAAUGAGCAGUCUAGUUCCACUUGUACAGAGCUUGAAAUCCAGAAUGGAAUCACCAGACUAUGAAAUGAUCCAUCAAGCUGGUCUUACGUGUGAUUAUGCUGAGCUUCCACACCAUGUCAGUUCAGAAAUGGAGAUUGAGGGCCUCAUGCAGUCCAUGAAACAUUUACUGAAACACUUGCCAAAACCUACACUUGUCACAUUAGCCAGAUCCAGUUUAGAUGACUACUGCCCUUCCGAUCAAGUUGAUUUCAUUCAGGAAAAAGUUCUGGAUGUCCUUCGCUCGUUGUAUGGCACGCUGGAUGUUCAUUUAGAGUUUUCCCCUGGAUCAUCUUCUGUUUGA